UGGCAAAUCCCAGAGCUGCUUAUAGCAUUCAAGUUCUGCUGAUGUAGUCUGAAAGUCCUUUGGCUGGUGUCAAAUUGAGAUUCUUUUUCUGUUCCACCAUCUUCUCCCUUCCCUCCCUGGACUAAUCAACUUUCAUUUUUGCAAAACUGAGCUCUCCUGUCACUUCAGAUGCGUUGCUUAAACCUUACUUUAUUCUUCAGUUGAUAUGCCUACAGUCUCUUUUCCCCCCCCCUUUUUUUUUUUAUUUUCCUCUCUCCUUCCUGAGAAUGAAUUAUCAGGAUAAUCUGACUUGUUCCACCUGUUGUUUUUUUUUUUUUUUUUUGCCUGCCUUUCACUUAAUGCACUUUUUUUCUCUUUCACUUUAAGGAAGGUGGUUGUUGCUGUCUUUUCUCCUUUCGGUGGCUGUAUUUCUAUAUUUAAUUCCAUCAUCUGUUCUCUCCUUACAGUGCACUUGUUUGUCACUCCCUAAUUUUUAAAGUCAAAUAAUGUAUGCAUUAUAUUUAGUUUUCCCUUGCCUGUUUUAUAGCUUUAACUGGAUUGUAGCUUUGCAUCACAGCCUCUGCUGAAAUGUUUUUUGUCAUAUUCUAUGAUGUUUUUUGCUUGAAACAAAUUAUCCUUCCUGGAUGUCAGCCUGGUACUUGGCUAUGUUGUUAUUGCAAGUAUAACUUCCCUUUGGCUUUGACUACUUUUUCCUCUGUCUUUCUACAUACCAUUUCUGGAAUAUACCAAUUAUAUCUGUAAUUUCUAUCAAUAAAUUGUUUUCCUCAGUUUCUAAAGCUAUUAAGCUUCUACGUCAGUAUGAAGACACACUAACUGUCUGUAACAGAUGGUUUUGGUUCACUUGUCUCCUCAUGAACAUCCAGAAAUAGAUGGAGUCCUGUGUUCUGUGGCUUUUCUGAGUCAUCAGUAGUACACUGUAUAUAAUUUAUACUCUAAAGUUGAAUGGCACUUUUUUUUUUUACCUAAUGAGUCAAAUACUGUCAUGAAUGUUUGUUUCUUUCUGCAUGGUUUUCUUAACUGUGAUUGAUGACUGAUAAAAUAAUUUUCUGAGGUUUUUUUUUUUUUUUUUUCUUAAGCAGUCAACUGUCAUCCAAAAGACUGGAGACUUUAAAUAUUAAAUUCAGUGUGCAGGCUCCUUACAUUUUGGAAGGAGUAUUGUAUGAAUUUUUCUAUAUCUGUAAAUAGACCCUCAGAAUGUAUGCUAUAAAGUAUUUUCUUUUUCUUAUGGUGUUACUAAAAUUGUCAUUUUCCCUUAUACUUUUGUUUAGUUUCAACACUUCAACAGUUCUGCUUAUUUCCAAACUCUGGGUUAAUGAAGUUGAAAAUUGUGUUGAAAAUUGAGAGAAUAAAUGGACCAAAUUGGAAUGAAUGGGAAAUGUUCAGGAAUGAUGUAUUCAAAUGCUCACAUAAGAAAGCGGAAAGAAAACACUCUUUUUCUUAAAUAAAGCACCAAUAGUUUAUGGGUUUAUUACUGAAGCCAAACAAUCUGGAGAAAUCUACUGCCAGAAAAGUUGAUCUAUCGACAUUUUCCAAAGCUGUGAAAAAUAAAAAGAAGUCACUUCAGUUACAUUUCUGUUGUAUUCUUAAAAAUAUUAAAGAGGCAUAAAAAAGCACAGGAGGAAGAUAGGGUAUUUAUUUCACAUGGUAGCCUUUCUAGCAAUGCUUUGAAUGAGUGCUAAAAUGGCAGCUACAAAGUCUGGAUUAUUUUAUUGACCUAAGUAAACUUGUUAUCAAAGAUAUUUCAGAAGAGAUGUCAGAAUUUCUAAGUUUUAUUUAGGUAUCUAAAAAAAAAAAGUUUUUAAGUCUUGAGUAGUGGGGCACUACUAAAGGAGUGGUGGAAGGCCGAUGCUAUGGUUAUGCUCACUGUUACACUGGUUACCAGCUUGACAUAAUCUUUGUGGACGUUAAUGCUUAAAAUGUUUAAAGCUAAACAUUGAACUUUAUUUGUCAGUGAAUGGUUAGUAAGCAAGUUUUUUUUUUUUUUUUUUCAUUUUUUAUAGGUCUGGGAAACUUUAUUACCUUCUUAUUUGCUUUUAAAUGAAGUCAGUAAACAUGCUGAUAUAACUAAAUUCCAUUGAAGAAAUCCCAUCUACAAGAAGGGCUGCAGGGAGGAUCCGGGGAACUACAGGCCUGUUAGCCUGACCUUGGUGCCGGAGAAGAUUAUGGAGCAGAUUGUCUUGAGGGAGAUCACACGGCACAUGCAGGACAGCUGGGGGAUCAGGCCUAGCCAACAUGGGUUCACGAAGGGCAGGUCCUGCAUGACCAACCCGAUCUCCUUGUAUGAUCUAGUGACCCGUCUGGUGGAUGAGGGAAAGGCUGUUCAUGUACUCUGCCUAGACUUCAGCAAAGCCUUUGACACCGUCUCCCACAGUAUUUUCCUGCAAAAGCUGGCCAUCUAUGGCUUGGACAGGCGCACUCUUGGCUGGCCGCCCUCAGAAGGUGUGUUUGUGUCCAUUCCUGCCGAUACAUCCACUAAAAAUCUCCACCUGCUUGUAUAUAAUUCAGCAUCCAGCAGAGGAAAGUCGGGUAUUAAGGACAGUGCCUCUGCUAGCAGCUUGUCUCCCUCCAGACAAAUGUAAAAUUUUGGUUGGUCGGCGUUUUAGUGAAGACAGGUAUCCUGAGCUAGCAGCUGUAUGCAGAAAUCCCAGUACUCUUAUUUUGUAUCCUGGAGCUGAAGCAACCAAUUUGGAAGAAGUCACCGUGAUGUCUUCUGGCCCACCGGUUAUGAUCAUCAUCGAUGGAACAUGGAGCCAGGCUAAAGAUAUAUUUUACAAAAAUUCUCUCUUCCGAUUUCCCAGGCAGGUGCAGUUAAAAACCAACAUUUCGAGUCAAUAUGUAAUUCGUACGCAGCCAACAAACAACUGUCUCUCUACACUUGAGUGUGCAGCUGUUGCUCUCACUAUCAUGGAAAAAAAUAAGAGUAUACAAGAGAUUAUACUACGUCCACUUCAAGCUUUGUGCUCUUUCCAGCUUCAGCAUGGAGCCCAGAUCCAUCACAGCAAGGAGCAUCUUCUCAAAAAUGGCUUAUAUGACAAGCCAAUGCCAAAGAACAAGCGCAAACUUAGAAGAAUGGAACUUUUGUUAAAUAAUGUAAAAAUAUAGGAAAACCGUACAAAGUGAGGUUUGUUUAUGGCUAACCAAUGAAUAUGGAUCUGAUUUUAAUCCAAGGAGUUGCACAUACCGUCACAAAGCAACUUCGAGGUCCUACAUAGUCAAGAGUUUACCUCCAAUAAGAUGAACAGUAAUGGACAAGGUUUUUUAUGCCUUUGUUCAGAUGAUUGAAGAUCACUCUCAUUUCCUUUAGCAAAAAAAAGAUGAAAAUUUGGAGCUUGGUUUAGAGUUAUGUUAUCUCUUGGAUGAAUAAUGUGAUCCUUGAUAGUACUGGUUACAUUUAUUUUGAAGAAGUUUGAUCACAAACCAGAAUGUCAAUAUAAUGGACUGGGAAGACUUCAGAAUUUAGAAGUAUAUGGAAUUUCAGUUACUUUAAUUUCAGAAUCUAAUUUUUGAAGUUUUUCAAACAUUAAUUCCUUAUGUUGUUUAGGACACUGAGCAUAAGUCAUGUUUCUUGGAUAGUUCUUUUCAAUGAUGAGAUUUAUAUUUUGUCCCUUUUUAAAAUGUAUGUGUAUUUUGCAAGGCUGCCAGGUUUAGUCUGUCUCUUAAACUUAGUUGUUUAAAUUAAGUCCACAUAUAUUUUUAUCUGAACCUGAACUCUUCUGGUCAAACAACAACAACAACAAACAAAACAAUAAAGUGAAUGUAGAGAGAUCAUUUUUUGAAUUAUAACUCAGGUGCUAAAACUAAAGUUUCUCUUCUGCAGAAAGUGACAAGAGGGACAUUUUAUGCUUCGGGCCAUCAAUAUACAUCAUAUCCAUACCCUUGCAAAUAGCUGUUAGGACAGUAAAGGAGUUAAACAAGUGUCCCUGUGUGGAAAGCCCAUUUAGAAGUAUGAUGCAAUGACAAACGGUUAUUCUGGGGUACAACCUACUAACAUGUUUGAAAACCCAUUAAGUUUCUGUGUGCUCUUUGACUAGGUCUUCUCUUUUACCAGUGAUGUCAGUGUUCCUUCUAACGAGUAUUGCUAGAAGCAGAAAAAUUGAGUAUUUUUACAAGAUUUGUAAAUUAAUGUUUUAUGAUCUGGAGAAAAAAAUAAUAAUAAAAAAAGUGAAAUAAAGGUUUUAAAGUUC